AUGGUACUCGACUUGGACCUGUUUCGGACCGACAAAGGCGGUGACCCCGAGGUCAUUCGUGAGACUCAAAGAAAGAGGUUUAAAGAUGUUACCCUUGUUGACAAACUGGUCGUCGCGGACACGGAGUGGAGAAAAUGUCGCUUCACUGCAGACAACCUCAACAAAGCAAAGAACCUUUGCAGCAAAAGCAUCGGGGAAAAAAUGAAGAAGAAGGAACCAGUUGGAGAGGAUGAGGCUGUUCCUGAAGAAGCACAGAACCUGGAGUCUCUUACAGCUGAAAUUCUGUCGGCCCUGACAGUAACCCAGAUCAAAAAGGUGCGUUUGUUGGUGGACGAAGCGAUAGAGAAGACCGACAGUGAGAGGGUAAAGCUGGAGGCGGAACGUUUCGAGUACUUGAGAGAGAUCGGCAACCUUUUGGACCCAUCUGUACCCAUCAGCAAUGAUGAGGAUGCAGACAACAAGGUAGAGCGUACCUGGGGUGACUGCACUGUCCAGAAGAAGUACUCCCAUGUAGACCUGGUGGUCAUGAUCGACGGUUUUGAUGGAGAGAGGGGAGCCAUCGUGGCUGGCAGCAGAGGUUAUUUUCUGAAGGGUCCCCUGGUGUUCCUGGAGCAGGCUCUGAUCAGUUAUGCUUUAAGGAUCCUCUACAGCAAGAACUACACCAUGCUCUACACACCGUUCUUCAUGAGGAAAGAGGUCAUGCAAGAAGUCGCCCAGCUCAGCCAGUUUGAUGAAGAGCUAUACAAGGUGAUCGGGAAGGGGAGUGAGAAGUCAGAUGACAGUUCCAUAGAUGAGAAGUACCUCAUUGCCACCUCGGAGCAGCCCAUUGCUGCUUUCCUGAGGGAAGAAUGGCUCAAACCUGAGGACCUGCCCAUCCGCUAUGCUGGCAUCUCCACCUGCUUCAGACAGGAAGUGGGCUCCCAUGGCCGAGACACCCGUGGGAUCUUCAGAGUGCACCAGUUUGAGAAGAUUGAGCAGUUUGUCUAUGCCUCCCCGCAUGAUGGCAAAUCAUGGGAGAUGUUCGAUGAGAUGAUAGGGACAGCAGAAGAGUUCUACCAGUCACUAGGAAUUCCUUAUCGCAUUGUCAACAUUGUCUCUGGUGCGCUAAAUCAUGCAGCCAGUAAGAAGCUGGAUCUGGAGGCCUGGUUCCCCGGCUCAGGUGCCUUCAGAGAGCUGGUCUCCUGCUCAAACUGCACUGACUACCAGGCCAGACGGCUCCGCAUCCGCUACGGACAGACCAAAAAAAUGAUGGACAAGGCAGAGUUUGUGCACAUGUUGAACGCAACCAUGUGUGCCACCACACGUGUUAUGUGUGCCAUCCUGGAGAAUUACCAGACUGAAGAAGGAAUCAUUGUCCCAGAGAUGCUCAGGGAUUUCAUGCCUCCUGGUUUAACAGAGAUCAUUAAGUUUGUCAAGCCGGCUCCCAUUGAUCAGGAGAUGUCCAAGAAAGCGAAGAAACAGCACGAGGGAGCAAAGAAGAAGCAACAGGGAGAAGGCGGUAAAGACGAGAACCUGCCCAGUGCCAUGGAGAACAUGUCUGUGAACAACUCAUAGACCCCGGCACACAGCAGCACCACCUCACCGACCUCACAGAUACACAGUAAUGGAACAGAGCCUUGUCUGAAUUAUAAUGAUCUGGGAUCAGUUUGUUGCUUCUCCUAAACUAAAACAGUCCAUAUGAGAUAAAGUGAGAAAUAAAUGAGUUGUAAUUAGCACUUAAUCCCCUUAAGGGGAAUGUUAACCAUAAUGUGAAGGCUUGGCUUUAUUCCAUCUUUAUCUGUCUGCCUCUGUCUGCAUGGGUGGCAUCUAUCACUUCUCCUCAUUCAUAUAAAGGAUCUUUCAGUUGGUCACCCCCAGUCCUCUUCACCCUUCACCGUAUGACGUCUGCAGCAACACAGAGCCUAAAACCAAGAGAUAAAUACCUGAUGGUGUUAUUCAGAGUCAGCAGCUAUGCUUACUGUCUGGCUUCUUCAUCACUGUUUCUGUGAUCAGUUAGAUAAAAGUACAUGUUAGUUUUUCUGUCUUUUGGAGAUCUGUUCUAAAAGUGUGUUUUUGGGAUGUUGGGUAUUUCUGAUAAUCAGCUCAGAAAUUGUCUGAAAUCAUUUAUUGACACUGAGACUAAACCUGCAACUGUUCUGUAAUUACAACAUGAGAAAUACACGAUCAGAGAUUUUAACUGUCUGUUUUAGGCUUUGCUUUGUCUUUGCCCACAAUCAUCAUCUUCAUCUGCUGCUUAAUGUGAUGCUCUUCUCCACCUCAUCAUUGAGACAUAGACAUUUCCUGUAUGUACUUGCUAAUAUAUAAAUAUAUAUAACUGUGCAAUGAUGAAGUGGGACUCACUGGCAACAAUAAAUACAGUUGAUAAUGAA